GCGCGGGGGUGGGUGCUGGAGUCGCCGGCGGUGCACGUGCGCCUCCCGGGUUCGUGUUGUGCGCUCGAGCCAUGGACGCCUUGGACCGAGUCGUAAAACCCAAAACGAAGAGAGCCAAGAGAUUUCUUGAGAAGAGAGAACCGAAGCUCACUGAAAAUAUUAAAAAUGCCAUGCUGAUUAAAGGGGGGAAUGCAAACUUAACAGUGACCCAAGUACUUAGAGAUAUGUAUGCAUUGAAAAAGCCAUAUGGUGUUCUGUAUAAAAAGAAAAAUAUUACAAGACCAUUUGAAGAUCAGACUUCAUUGGAAUUCUUUUCAAAGAAAUCAGAUUGUUCUUUAUUCAUGUUUGGCUCCCAUAAUAAGAAGCGGCCAAAUAAUCUCGUAAUCGGUCGUAUGUAUGACUACCAUGUGCUGGAUAUGAUUGAAUUAGGUAUAGAGAAGUUUGCUUCUCUAAAAGAUAUUAAGAAUAGUAAAUGUCCUGAGGGAACGAAACCCAUGUUGAUAUUUGCUGGCGAUGACUUUGAUAGAACAGAAGACUACCGAAGGUUAAAAAGUCUUCUUACUGAUUUCUUCAGAGGCCCCACAGUAUCAAAUAUCCGCCUGGCUGGUUUAGAGUAUGUUCUGCACUUCACUGCGCUCAACGGGAAGAUUUACUUUCGAAGCUAUAAGUUGCUGUUGAAAUCCGGCUGCAAAACACCACGGGUCGAGUUGGAAGAGAUGGGACCCUCAUUAGAUUUGGUUCUGAGGAGGACACAUCUAGCUUCAGAUGACCUUUAUAAGUUAGCUAUGAAAGUGCCCAAAGCCCUCAAGCCAAAGAAGAAGAAAAAUAUCUCCCAUGAUACUUUUGGUACGACUUAUGGAAGGAUUCACAUGCAGAAGCAAGAUCUAAGUAAACUACAAACCAGGAAAAUGAAAGGGUUGAAGAAGCGACCUGCAGAAAAGAUAACAGAAGACCAAGAGAAAAAGUCAAAGCGAGUUAAAACAAAUUGAUGGAACUUAGCUAAUAACUUCCUUUUUAUUAUACUCUAGUUAUUUAACAGAAUUAUCAUGGGUCAGUUAUUUCAGAGUUUGUCACAGGAGUUUCGGGUAGUUUAAUUUAUAAACAGUGACUGCUAAAUGCCAGUUGAAAGUAACUUCCUUGAGACAUGACACCCUUGUGUACCUACCAUCUUUUUCUCUGUAAAUUUUUUCCCUUUUGCUCCGGGGGGCCUGGCACAAAGGGCGGGACAGAGGUUCCCCAACUUAAUUACCCUCCUGCCAUCUUUUCAGAAGAAUUUUUAGUCUGGCCUCCUACGAAUCUACCUUCUUGAAGCAGACGGAAAUUAUACCUCCCCCUACCCUCACCCUGACCCCAGCUGGGUUGAGGCUGCUGCCAUCCCUCCUCCCCUGUCUCUGCUGACCACUUUGGGAGAGUGUAUGCUUUGCAUGGGUCUUACCCCUGAGCGCAAAGCCAGGUGUGGUUUACAACACACAAACUGAAGGUAUUUCUUAGGCCCAGAAUGAUAGUACAGCAGUAGGGCAUUUGCCGGAAGCACAGUUGGGUGUGGCCUCAAAAAAAAGUGAACUGAAAGAUAUUUCUAUCUACAUCUUUCUGCCACACCACUGGUUCCCACCAAAAAGGGCUCUUCAGUGGCAUUCUUUGGAAGAUUUCUGGGCUAACUUUAUUAGCUAAAUUAAAAAAAAAAAAACAGUAACAAAAAAAAAAGAAUUAGGUAAAAGGAGGAAAGCUUGGAAAAUAAAAAUGUCCUACAGAUACUAUAUACUUGCAAGUUGAUUCUGUAUUUCCCAAUACUCAUUUUCAACCUGACUUGCUUUUUUUUUGGGGGGGGGGGUAACUUUCAUUACUCUGCCUGGAAUUCUACCAAUUAGAGACUUGAGAUAGUAAGCUUUGUGUGUCAAA